CGCAGUCUCUGGUCAUCUCCUGUACUGUGUCCGCAGUCUCUGGUCAUCUCCUGUACUGUGUCCGCAGUCUCUGGUCAUCUCCUGUACUGUGUCCGCAGUCUCUGGUCAUCUCCUGUACUGUGUCCGCAGUCUCUGGUCAUCUCCUGUACUGUGUCCGCAGUCUCUGGUCAUCUCCUGUACUAUGUCCGCAGUCUCUGGUCAUCUCCUGUACUAUUCUCUGGUCAUCUCCUGUACUAUGUCCGCAGUCUCUGGUCAUCUCCUGUACUGUCCGCAGUUGUUCAUAGUUUUUUUUUUUUUUUAACUAUA